GAGAGCUUGCGAGCGUGAAAGAGAGCGAGCUGGAUGCACUGGAUGCGGAGGCUAUGCUCCUGGUUGCGCUCUUCCAUUUUGCUGUUCACCGAGGGAGGCAUUUGUUGUCGAAAGGAGGGGAGGUAGGAAGGAAGGCAGGGGUCGUGCUGUCGAGCAUGUCUAUAUCGAGUGCUUGCGGCAGCUGCUGAUUUGAUUUUUGUUUCACGUCGUGGACUGUCUUGAAUUCAAAAGCUUCGGUCGGGAGAAUCUCACGUCACCAAUCAAUCCACAAUCUGCGAGACCGCGAUUCACUCAAGAAGGGCAACGAAGAUUCUGUGUACUUCCUGCCAUGGUGGAGCCCUAACACGAGUUAUCGGAGUCAUGCAUUGAGAAGCUUCACCGUCUGAAGCCAUAAAACAUUGAUACGGGAGGAGUCAUACAAUGUGGGAGGCUGUUGUUUUUACCGUGGUGGCAUCGGCCGGCAACAACAUUGGAAAGGUGCUACAGAAGCAGGGCACUAAGGGCUUGCCACAGUUGACCCUCAAGUUGAAGGUGAUACGGGCCUAUCUUAUCAGUCGAACAUGGAUUACUGGUGUUGCCGUGGACAUUCUAGGAGGCCUUCUGAUGCUCAAAGCUGUCUCACAGGCGCCUGUUUCAGUUGUACAACCUGUAUCUGGGGUUGGCUUGGCGGUACUUGCCGUUUUUUCGCACUUCUAUUUGCGAGAGUCUAUGCAAACAUUAGAUUGGGUGGCAGUCGCAAUGGCAGCUGCAGGGACUAUAGGUGUUGGGAUAACCGGAGAGGAGCAAAAGAAUGUCGAAGUUUCAUUAACUCGCCUUCUCCUCUUUUUGAUUUGUCUGCUCCUUUUUUUUGUGAUAUUGCACAUCUGGACCAGUUCAGGGAAACAACGUCGGAAAACCCAUGAUGAUCCAGGUUCUCCUGUAUCCAGCAUGUCUGGGGGUCACGUGGAGGUGAUGGAAGAAAUUGCUGCGGGUUUGCAGGCAGGUGCCUUUUUUGGAUUGUCUGCUGUUGUUUGCAAACUGGGGUUCCUACUGGCGGAGCAGGACGUGUCAACUCUUUGUAUACCUGCCGGACUAGUCGGUAGUGUAGGGUGCAGUACAGCUGGAUUUUUCUGCCAGACGAAGGGCCUGAAGGAUGGAAGGGCGGUGGUGGUGUCUACAUGUGCAGCUGUUGCAUCCAUUGUAACUGGAGUGCUAGUGGGCUUUCUGGCCCUGGGCGAGUCGUUGCCAGUUUCUCCACCUGCUCGGAUUCUGCUGUGUUUGGGAUGGGUUUUGAUCGUCGCGGGGAUAAUUUUGCUCUUGAUGUCUGAGAAACUGGGGAGAAUGUUGCCACGCUCAAUGAGGCGGCUCAUCAGGACGAAGUCAAGCGUACCUUCUCGAUCAGCGUAUGCACGAAGUGGCACCGCAACGAUGCCCGUCGUAAACCCGCAGAUGAAAUCGCCUCCGAAGUACAGGUCUUGAGAGAGCAGGCAUUUGCUUCUGCACUUGAUAGCAUAGCACCAGGGGCACAGUGUACAAUUUUCAGAUGGUAGAGCUCGGCAGGCGGAAUACACGGGGCAUAGCCACGCAAGAUUCAGCGCUCGCGUGUGAUCGACUAUUGAAAAAAGACUCAUUUCAUGGGAUCAGGUCCUGGAAGCUUCACCUUCUCCUCCGCAUUCGUCUCACUUUAAGUUCCUGUCUCAGUCUCGACGUCUCCAGGAGGAGGUAAUCAUCAUUGUUCAUACUCGGGAAGUCAAUCAUUCUCUUGAUUUCCAACAAGGUUAGGCCGCAAUCAGCAGAAUUACAGUCUUAAGCGGGAUCCUCUUAGUUGUCCGUGUCGGAAUUUAAACUGGUCCUAGGGUGUCCUAUUUGAGUUUCAAUUGUACUAGUGAAUUCAUCAUCUGUCAGAGGCCUCCGGCAUUAGCUAGGCUAGGUUGGUCCAAUUAAUCGGAAAGGGAUCCGUUUCUGCCUUAGUACCAGAUCUCAAUAUUUCUCUUCGAGUGUCAGAACGUCUCUUUCUCAUGUUGCACAAAUUGUAUGAGCAAUGCUUUCUCAAUGACAGCACUGUUCUCUUAAGCAACAUUCCCGUUGUGC